CACAUCUCUCUCUCUCUCGAGUGACGACUGGAGAUCUUUACUUCUAAGGGAGCAUCAGAACUUGCAACCUUCUCUUCCACACAAACUUUUUUCUCCAAUCUUCGAAACCAAACGCUAUGUCCCAGAGUAUGAGAAUAAGCAUGUCUUCCUUUGGCUCUAGCAAUGGAUAUGACACUCCUUCACACAACUCCUUUGCUACCACAAAUGGCGAUGAUUAUGACAGUGAUGACUCCAAUUUUGCACCACCUACACCGUCGACUCUGUCAAAGUCUGUUCCACCAGAACUUGCUGGUGCGAUACCUUUGAUUGAUAAAUUCCAGGUGGAGGGCUUUCUAAGAGCGAUGCAGAAGCAGAUUCAUUCCGCUGGAAAGCGUGGUUUUUUCUCUAAAAAAUCAGUGGGCCCCCAAGUUAGAGAGAAAUUUACGUUUGAGGAUAUGCUGUGUUUCCAAAAGGAACCUAUACCAACUUCACUGUUGAAAAUAAACAAUGACCUAGUAAGCCGGGCAGUAAAAUUGUUUCAGGUCAUCUUGAAGUACAUGGGAAUUGAUUCCUUUGAUCGAGUGACCCCAACUAGCUUGGAGGAACGUAUUGAGCUUGUCAGUAAACUAUAUAAGCAGGCCCUGAAGCGUUCCGAGCUCCGGGAUGAACUUUUUGCACAAAUAUCCAAACAAACAAGGAAUAAUCCUGAUAGGCAAUAUUUGAUCAAAGCGUGGGAGCUAAUGUAUUUAUGUGCCUCCUGCAUGCCUCCCAGCAAGGAAAUUGGUGGAUAUUUAUCAGAGUAUGUCCAUACUGUGGCACAUGGUGUGAUUUCGGAUUCUGAAGUCCAAGUCCUAGCACUAAACACUUUAAAUGCUCUGAAGCGUUCUGUUAAGGCUGGACCUAGGCAUACGAUACCUGGCCGUGAGGAGAUUGCAGCUCUUUUGACUGGCAGAAAGCUUACAACUAUAGUGUUUUUCUUGGAUGAAACUUUUGAAGAAAUCACGUAUGACAUGUCAACAACUGUAGUUGAUGCAGUCGAGGAGCUUGCGGGGAUAAUUAAAUUGGCAGCAUAUUCUAGCUUUAGUUUGUUUGAGUGCCGUAAGGUUGUUACUGGGUCUAAAUCACCAGAUCCUGGAAAUGAGGAGCACAUUGGGCUAGAUGAUAACAAAUACAUUGGGGAUUUACUGGCUGAGUUUAAGGCAGCAAAGGACCGCAGUAAAGGAGAAAUUUUGCACUGCAAACUGAUAUUUAAAAAGAAGUUAUUUCGGGAGUCAGAUGAAGCGGUGGCAGAUCCAAUGUUUGUGCAGUUAUCCUAUGUUCAACUGCAACAUGAUUAUAUCUUGGGUAAUUAUCCUGUUGGAAGGGAUGAUGCUGCACAGCUUUCUGCAUUGCAAAUCUUUGUUGAGAUUGGAUAUGAUGUUGUCCCUGAAUCAUCCACGGACUGGACAUCACUUCUGGAGCGAUCUCUACCCCGACAAAUUGCAAUUACUCGAGCAAAGAGGGAAUGGGAGAUGGAUAUUAUUUUUCGUUAUCGUUCAAUGGAAAAUCUAACGAAAGAUGAUGCAAGACAGCAAUUUCUACGGAUCUUGAGGACACUUCCCUAUGGGAAUUCAGUUUUCUUUAGUGUUCGCAAAAUAGAUGAUCCCAUUGGACUUCUGCCCGGAAAGAUCAUUUUGGGCAUUAAUAAGCGUGGGGUUCAUUUUUUUCGACCAGUUCCUAAAGAAUACCUACACUCUGCUGAGUUAAGGGACAUAAUGCAAUUUGGUAGCAGUAAUACUGCUGUAUUUUUUAAGAUGAGAGUUGCCGGCGUCUUACAUAUCUUUCAGUUUGAAACUAAGCAGGGCGAGGAAAUUUGUGUUGCCCUUCAAACACACAUAAAUGAUGUUAUGUUACGCCGCUACUCUAAAGCACGGCCUGCUACUGCCAAUAGCUCAAUUAAUGGAGAUCUUUCUAAUAAUGUUAAGCCAUCCAAUGUGGAUUUUUAUGAGAAACGUAUCCAAGAAUUGUCCAAAGUUCUUGAAGAAUCGCAAAAGAAUGCUGCUCAAGUAGUCGAAAAUUUACAUGAAAAACAAAAGGAAGAAGUCAACAUAAAAGAAGAACUAGAGGGCAUGAAAGAUAACUUGAGAUCUGAAAUGCAAAACUUAGCUGACGUAGUCGAAAAUUUACAUGAAAAACAAAAGGAAGAAGUCAACAUAAAAGAAGAACUAGAGAGCAUGAAAGAUACCUUGAGAUCUGAAAUGCAAAACUUAGCUGACGUUACUUGUGAUCGUGAUAAUCUCAGAUCUUUGUGUGAGGAAAAAGAUUCAGAGCUUCAGGCUGCAUUGUUGGAGAAGCGGAGCAUGGAAUUCAAGCUGGCUAAGCUAAGUAAUCAAGGGCUGGAGAACAGUAUCAAAAAGGAGCUCGCUGAAGCAAACACCCAGGUGUUACAUAAGAUCGAAGAUGAAUUAAAAGUACGCUCUGUAGAGUUACAUGCAGCAGAAGAAAGUAAGAAGCUGCUGGUUAAUGAAAACCGAUUAUUGGAAGAGAAAAUUUCAAGGCUUGAGAAGAAGAAAGUUGAUGAGACAAGGACUCUUGAGAAGAACUUUGAACAAGAACGGAAGGCCUUGAGUCUUCGAGUUUCUGAACUUGAAAAGAAAUUGGAAGAAGUCACAAAAAGCUUGGCUGUAGCAGAGUCCACUCUUGCAGUUAAAGAUACAGAGUUGUGCGCAUUGGAAAAUAAUCUAAAGGAAUUGGAGGAGUUGAGAGAAAUGAAAGAGGAUAUUGAUAGAAAGAACGAGCAGACUGCUGCAAUCUUAAAGAUGCAAGGAGCUCAAUUGGCCGAGUUAGAAGCACUUUACAAGGAAGAACAAGUCUUGAGAAAACGGUAUUUCAACAUGAUAGAAGAUAUGAAAGGCAAGAUUAGAGUCUUCUGUCGAUUAAGGCCUUUGAGUGAAAAGGAGAUUGCGGGGAGGGAAAGAAAUGUGCUUACAAGUGUUGAUGAGUUCACAGUUGAACAUACAUGGAGAGAUGAUAAAAUAAAGCAACACAUGUACGAUCGUGUUUAUGAUGGUAACGCUACUCAAGAAGAUGUCUUUGAGGAUACAAAGUAUUUGGUGCAAUCUGCUAUAGAUGGGUAUAAUGUCUGCAUAUUUGCGUAUGGACAAACCGGUUCUGGGAAGACUUUUACUAUCUAUGGUUCUGAUAAUGAUCCUGGACUCACCUUACGGGCUACUUUUGAACUUUUUAAAAUUCAAAAGCGAGACAGUAAAAAAUUCUCAUUCUCCUUGAAGGCCUAUGUGGUGGAGUUAUAUCAGGACACUUUGGUUGAUUUGUUACUACCGAAGCAAGCAAAGCGUACAAAAUUAGAUAUUAAAAAAGACUCAAAGGGCAUGGUAUCUAUUGAAAAUGUAACAGUUGUAUCAAUUUCGACAUAUGAGGAACUCAAAAGCAUUAUUCAGAAAGGAUCUGAACAGCGUCAUACAACGGGUACUUUAAUGAAUGAAGAGAGUUCAAGAUCUCAUUUGAUACUUUCAAUUAUUAUUGAGAGUACCAACCUUCAAACCCAAGCUGUUGCCAGAGGGAAGUUAAGUUUUGUGGAUCUUGCUGGAUCAGAAAGGAUAAAAAAAUCUGGUUCUUCAGGUAGUCAGCUCAAGGAAGCUCAAAGUAUCAAUAAAUCACUUUCAGCCCUUGGGGAUGUUAUCAGUGCUUUGUCUUCAGGCAGUCAGCACAUUCCCUAUAGGAAUCACAAGUUAACAAUGUUAAUGAGUGAUUCACUUGGUGGUAAUGCUAAGACUCUAAUGUUUGUGAACACAUCUCCUGCUGAGUCAAAUUUGGACGAGACUUACAAUUCUCUCACAUAUGCAUCAAGGGUCCGGUCUAUUGCAAAUGAUCCUACCAAAAAUGUUUCAUCAAAGGAAGUGGCUCGCAUGAAGAAGCUGGUGGCGUAUUGGAAGGAGCAGGCAGGUAGAAGGGGUGAUGAUGAAGAUUUAGAAGAAAUUGAAGAAGAACGUGUACACCCCAGAGAUAAGACUGAUGGUCGACAUUCUAUGUAG